GCUUACCUCAGAUAGCAGCUCGAGCUAGAACUGUGGGACGUAUUGCAGAGGGAUAUCACUGGAUUCCCUACCAGAUCUGACGUAGCUCCUGGAGUGGCGCACGCCACCUCAACGGGAUGUGCAGAUGGACGCCGGCGGAAACACUGCUGCCCCAGCACCGGCGGACGCGGAGGACUUGGAGGCCACGCGGCUCUUUGGUGAGGAAGCUGGAGACAGUGGAGGGGUUCAGAAGGAUCCGCCGGAUCCCGGAGACCGGGACCUGGAGGAAACAGGAUCCAAGGCCAAGGACCAGCUGCCGAGCCUUCUGUCAUCACUGCCCCAGUCAGAGACCCCAUCAGGCACCUGUGAGCCCUGGAGCCCCACAGCCCCUAGGAAUAGUCCCACAGGUGGCCCCGAGAAUGGGCCUGGGGGCCAGGGCGGGGACCCCAGUGACGAGGACUGGCGCAGCCAGCGGAAGCAUGUGUUUGUGCUGAGUGAGGCUGGCAAACCCAUCUACUCACGUUAUGGUAGUGUGGAGGCACUGUCGGCUACCAUGGGUGUGAUGACAGCCCUUGUGUCCUUUGUGCAGAGUGCAGGCGAUGCCAUCCGCGCCAUCUAUGCUGAGGACCACAAGCUGGUGUUCCUGCAGCAGGGCCCACUGCUACUGGUGGCCGUGUCCCGUACUCCUCAGUCAGCAGCCCAGCUGCGGGGGGAGCUGCUAGCUGUGCACGCCCAGAUUGUGAGCACGUUGACCCGUGCGAGUGUGGCCCGCAUCUUUGCACACAAGCAGAACUAUGACCUCCGCCGCCUGCUGGCUGGCUCAGAGCGCACGCUGGACCGGCUUCUGGACAGUGUGGAGCGGGACCCAGGUGUGCUGCUCCUGGGCGCCGUGCGCUGCGUGCCUCUCGCACGCCCACUGCGGGAAGCACUGGGCGCACUACUGCAACGCUGCACAGCCCCUGGCCUAGCACUGUCGGUGCUGGCAGUUGGCGGCCGGCUGAUAACAGCAGCCCAGGAACGGACUGUGCUGACUGAGUGCCGGCUGGACCCAGCUGACCUGCAACUGCUGCUCGACUGGGUGGGUGCACCAGCCUUUGCAGCAGGCGAGGCAUGGGCACCUGUGUGCCUACCCCGCUUCAAUCCUGAUGGUUUUUUCUAUGCCUACGUGGCCCGCCUGGAUGCCAUGCCUGUCUGCCUGCUGCUGCUUGGCACUGACCGUGAGGCCUUCCAUGCCAUGGCUGCCUGCCGACGCCUGGUUGAAGAUGGCAUGCGUGCCCUCGGUGCAAUUCGUGCCCUUGCAGAAGUUGCUGGGCUCUAUAAUGUACCGUCAGCCAAUGCCCCUGCCUACAGCGUGCAGGCCGUGGGGGCACCCGGCCUCCGGCACUUCCUCUAUAAACCACUGGACAUUCCCGACCACCACCGCCAGCUGCCCCAGUUUACCAGCCCUGAGCUAGAGGCCCCGUACAGCAGGGAGGAGGAGCGACACCGCCUGUCGGAUUUGUACCACUGCCUGCACGCGCGCCUCCACAGCACCUCCAGGCCCCUGCGCCUCAUUUACCACGUGGCUGAGAAGGAGACACUGCUGGCCUGGGUGACCUCCAAGUUCGAGCUCUAUACAUGUCUCAGCCCUUUGGUGACCAAGGCAGGUGCCAUCUUGGUAGUGACCAAACUCCUGCGCUGGGUGAAGAAGGAGGAGGACCGGCUCUUCAUUCGUUACCCACCCAAAUACUCCACACCCCCUGCCACCUCUGUGGACCAGGCACCCCAUAACGGCUUUUUCACUGGACUCUGAGAGGCCAAGCUUCCCAAUGAGGCAGUGCUGGGAGUGACCAACUCUGGCUUUUAUCUAUCUUCACCCUAGAAGCGUGGUUGAGGGGGGUUUCCGGCUGGUCCCUGUUUCCCUGCGGAAUGGGGCAAGAAAGAUCUGAGGCCCUGUCCACAAGUGGGAGGGUGGGUAGCAGCUUGGCUACACAUCAGAUGAGCAGACUGCACCUCCACCUCUGGGGAAAUUCUUGAGUCUCCCCUUUCCCUUCCCUCUGCCUCACCACCUCCACCUGGAUGAUGUUUCAAGGCUGUCCUCUCUAAACCUGGGCACCAUGUCUUCUGUCCCAGCAUUAAGGGCCUGCCUCUCCAGUGGAGUGUCCAUGGAUAACCAGGCUUUCAAGGGCAGGCCACAGGGCCUCUGGAAUUGGGAAUGCAGGGCCGUCCUGUGCCUGGAUCCAGCCUGUGCCUGGAACCAGCCUGAGGAUAGUUUAAAGGAAAAACUACAUAGACGGCCUAAAACUAAUCCCUACCAGGAUACUCCUUUGCCCUUCAUAUCCUUGUCUUCAUCUCUCCUCUGCCAAGAAAUGACCCCAAUCAAUGUUAGACGCUGCUGAUGUUAAUGAGAAGGUGGCAUCUGGCAUCUAUAUAUGUGACCAGGGUAAAACACCUGGCUUCUCAAGAUGGUGGCUGAGAUCUGGAAAUUUUCAUAAGAGGUGCACUGGGCUUCCAAGCCUGCAUUUACUCGUCCAUGAAAUGGGGAUAACCACCUCUCAUAGACUGUUAAAUGAGGAUUUGUAAGGGAAACAAAGGGACUUGAACUCUUGUGUUCCACGGUACAGCAUGUGCACACUUGUUCCAGACUUUCCCAGUCUGCACAAGUGGCCUAAAAAAGGGAGACUUCCCUAGCGAUUCUACGUGGCGUGCACAACCUUCAUUCCUCAGUUGCCCGAUGACCUUGAUCAGGGGCUUGCCGUCUCACACUUUGGCGCCAACUGCUAAUCAGGGGCGCCUUAUGUUCUGCGCUUGCCCAGAGCUGAACUCCCGGUGCCUAGAUCCGGAUCAGCUGAGGGGACUGCGGUGCCCGGCGCGCAUGCGCACUGCAGAGUCUCUGUGCGCGUACGUUUGGACCAAUCAUCGGCCAAGCCAGCUCACCGCGCUGGAAAAUGGCGGGCAGGUUGGAGCCUUUGAAAACGGAAUCGCUUGGAGCCGUGGUUGAGGCUGAGGACGCUGAAGGUAGUGAGGGCGAGUGGUCUGUACCUCUGUCUGUUGGGGUCAGAGGAGGAAAGGGUUUUCCCAUUAAAAUAAGGGUAAUAAUACUUUGUAAAAAAUGGUAAAAUUUUAAGCCUUUUGUUAUUAAGAAGAAAAACUUAACCGUUCCACAAAGUGGAGAGAAAUAGUGCGCACAUUCUCAUCGCCUAGAUUAACUUGUCAUCUUUAUUGGAUAUAUUGCUUAACUAUUUUAAGGUAAAGACUAAAUAAUUCAGUAUGCGGCUUAUAAAAAAUAAAAGGAGGCCCUCACAAAAAUCACCCUGCUACUUCUACACCUAAGAAAACUAACAAUAUGUCAUUCCCCAGGACCGUCUCACACCCAGACCAUAACCCAGUUUCCCCUUGGGCAGCACUCUGCAUGGACUCUUAAAUCUUUUAAAUUGAGAAUAGCUUCUCCCACAAACAGCUUCUUUCCUUCAGGGCAUUGAUUUAUUGAACAAUGACCCCUACCCCUUGAAGAGAAAAGAAAUUUUUGUCCUAGAGACCUUUAGAAAUUGCAGUCCAGCAAAGAGAAGGAAAUCUCCCAAGACAGUAAUUCACUGGUAUGCCCUACCAACCUAAACCCGAUGCCAUGUAGUGGUUACCGCCUCAUGGCGACCUUACAAGACAGAGUAGAACUGCCCAAUAGGGUUUCCAAGUUGUAAUCUUUGCGAAGCGGACUGCCACAUCUUUCUCCCGCAGUGUGGCUGGUGGGUAGGAACCUCCGACCUUUCAAUUAGCAGUCCAGCGCUUAAACACUGCGCCACCAGGGCUCACUAGUAUGCCAUAUGCGUCUAUAUAAUACAUAUAUUUUUUAAUCAUAGAAAUUUUCCAAACGUACCAAAAUAGAGAAAAUAGCAUAAUAAAGGUCUAUAUACCCAUCAUACCGCUUGAACAAUUAUCUGCCCUCCUUCCCUCUAUCUCUAAUGCCUCCGCCCUUUCUCUUGAGACCACUAUGUUAACAACUGUUGGAUUGCAGCCUGCCAGACCUACCUGUGCACACAUCGACAAUAACUAGUUUUUUUUCUGUCCUAGAACGUAAACUCCAUGACUGUGUUUACUGCUCUUUCCUUAGCACCUAAAACAAUGCCUGCUGGAUACACAAAAAAAAAAUAAAAUUUUUUUUUUUUAAUAAGUGUAUGAAUAGUGAAAUAACUGACAGAAUAGGCCCACGCUGUGUGCCAACUAUCAACAAAGGA